AUGCCCGAGAUGCCAGGAAACUCCUCUGUGAAAGGAGAUGAGGCGUAUAAAUCACUCCCCAAUAGCUGCCAUGCCAAGUGGUAUAGAGAUCCUGGACUUCGCCGCUUGUACGUGGGGAUCGGCCUCACAUUUGCCUCCGCCACAGCGAACGGUUUCGACGCAUCCCUAAUGAACGGACUUMUCGCCAUUUCCCGAUUUCACCUGGACGUCGUGCAAGACAGCAGCUCAAGCACCCUCGGUUUGAUGAUUGGUGCAAUCAGUCUAGGAGGGCUGGCAGCCCUGGUUCCAGCCGGAUACACGAGUGACUUCUUUGGGAGGAAGAUAUGCCUGAGCUGCGGCACGCUAGUGAUGGUCGUUGCAAGCAUUGCGCAAGCUCUGACCACAGGCCCGUCGGCAUUCCUCGCAACAAAACUCAUAUUAGGAGCGGGUAUCGCCUUCGUGCUCAUUCCCGCACCUGCUCUCACAAGUGAGGUUGCUCAUCCACGCAGUCGUGGCAUCGUCACGGCCUGUUUCCAAACGGCAUUUUACUGGGGAGCUAUUGUGUCUGCGGCGGCAACGCUCGCUGGCCUGUACAUCUCAUCAAGCUGGGCCUGGCGAAUGCCCGUCAUGCUCCAGAUACUCUUUCCGGUUUUGCAGAUUGUCGGCCUUUGCAUGAUCCCCGAGUCGCCUCGGUUCCUGAUAUCCAAAGGCAUGAAAAGUCAGGCUUUCGAUAUCCUAGUGAAAUUUCAUGCAAAUGGCAACCCUGUUGAUGCACUGGUGGCAUUCGAGUUCGAGGAGAUUUGCGAGACAAUCCAGCGCGAAGCAAACGCAACCGAUGGUUCGUCGUGGAAGAUGUUCUUUGCGACCCGCGGCAACAGGCAUCGUCUCCUUAUCUGUGUCAUAGUCGGCAUUAUGAUCCAGUGGGCCGGCAACGGAAUCGUUACGUACUACCUUGCACCAAUCCUGGGGUCGGUGGGCGUGAACAAUCCAACUCAACAGGCUCUGAUUAACUUGGGUCUGCAAAUCUGGAAUGCGGUGCUUGCUCUGGUAGGGGCUAACGCCAUGGAGCGUUAUGGUCGUCGCCGGCUUUGGCUAAUCAGCGCAACGGGCAUGCUCGUAUGCCUCUCGACACUGACAGCAUUAUCUGCCAUCUACGCUGAGCUCGGGAACAAAGUCGCCGGAAAGGCGGUGGUGGGCUUCUUGUUCCUCUUCUUCGGUUUCUAUGACAUUGGCUUUACACCGCUCAGCUUCGCGUAUCCCGUUGAGAUCCUUCCAUAUAAGCUUCGGACGAGAGGGCUAAGUGUUACGCUGACGGCAGUCUUCGCUGCUGGUUUUUUCAAUCAGUACAUAAACCCCAUCGCCCUUGAAAAUUUGGCUUGGAGGUUCUACUUUGUGUAUAUGGGGUGCCUAUGCAUCUUCAUUGUUUUGAUAUGGACGUUGUUCCCUGAAACCGCGGGCAGAACGCUCGAAGAAAUCGCUGAAGUGUUUGAUGGACCAGAAGCAGUAACACACGCGAAGCGUAAUGCGAGUUUUGCAGUGAAUGCAGCUGGUUCAAAGUUGCUUGUAGAUGAGAAAGCGAUGGACUUCCAAGAGGAGGCGCAGUCCACAGCUUUGAUCAAUGGGUCGUAG